ACAAAUCUGAGACGGGAACUCAAGGAAGCGUCGGAGAGUAAAGCGGAGGAGGACUCCGGAUCUAUCUCUCUCUCUCAUCAGCCAUUUACUUGCGACUCAUUUGAGCUCUGUAGGCCAAUCGCGUGCAGGUUGAUGGUAUGGUGGCGCCAUCAUGGCAGUGGGAAAAUGCCACAGCGGGGGCAGUCGCAGGAUUCGCAACAGUAGCUGCUAUGCACCCUCUUGAUGUUGUCCGUACUAGAUUCCAAGGUCUGAUUUCUUUUUCCACUCCCACAGUAAAAAAAAAAGAAACUAGAUUUUUGUCUGAAACAGUGAACGACGGUAGAGGGUUCCCGACGUACAAGAACACAGCUCACGCUCUCUUCACCAUUGGCCGUCUCGAGGGUCUGAGAGGCCUUUAUGCAGGUUUCUUCCCUGCUGUAAUCGGUUCCACUCUCUCAUGGAGCUUAUACUUCUUCUUUUAUGGAAGAGCGAAAGAGAGAUACGCUAGAGGCAGGGACGAUGAGAAACUCACCCCUCCCCUUCACCUUGCUUCUGCCGCUGAAUCUGGAGCCUUGGUCUGUUUAUGCACGAAUCCUAUUUGGCUUGUCAAGACAAGGUUACAGCUUCAGACACCUCUUCAUCAAACCCCACCCUACUCCGGCCUAUUAGAUGCCUUUAGAACCAUAAUGAAAGAGGAAGGACCCAGGGCGCUCUACAAGGGUAUUGUCCCUGGCCUUGUACUGCAGGUUUCUCAUGGUGCUAUUCAGUUCACAGCGUAUGAGGAACUCCGUAAAGUCAUUGUCGAUAUGAAAGAGAAGAGAAGAAAAUCCGAAUCCACACCUGAUAAUUUAUUGAACUCGGCGGAUUAUGCUGCACUGGGAGGCUCCUCCAAAGUCGCAGCAGUUCUUCUUACAUAUCCUUUUCAAGUUAUUAGAGCACGAUUACAGCAAAGACCUAGUACUAACGGAAUCCCAAGAUAUAUAGACAGCUUACAUGUCAUCAGAGAAACCGCGAGAUUCGAGGGUCUCAGAGGUUUCUACAGGGGACUAACAGCUAAUCUAUUAAAAAAUGUGCCUGCUUCUUCCAGCACGUUCAUCGUCUACGAAAACGUUCUGAAAUUGCUUAAACAACCUCCUCCAACGAGAUAGGACCCAUCAUCUUCUUCUUUUAUCUUUUUUCCCUUGGGAUUGGGGGGAAUACAUGUUUGCUUUUUGUAUUCCUAUGAAACAGCUUUGUCUCGUCUUUGCUCAACAAAAAGCUUUUGUUUUCCUUAUUCA